AUGUUCAGGGGCGCUUGGAUGUGGCCCGGGAAAGACGCCGCCGCGCUGACUAUCUGCUGCUGCUGCUGCUGCUGGGCUCCCAGGCCGAGCGACAAACCUUGCGCCGAUUCUGAGCGGGCGCAGCGAUGGCGACUGUCCCUGGCGUCCCUGCUCUUCUUCACCGUGCUGCUCGCUGACCAUCUGUGGCUGUGUGCGGGGGCCCGGCCCCGGGCCAGGGAGCUGAGCAGCUCCAUGCGGCCGCCCUGGGGGGCCGGCCGCGACCGGCAGCCGGUGCCUCCUCGCGCGGCGCUGCGUCUGCCGCCGCCGUCGCCCGGCGAGUCCAGUGCGUCCUCGGGCACCUGCGGCCCGCGAUACAGCAACCUGACCAAAGCCGCCCCCGCCGCCGGCCCCGGGCCGGUCUGCGGCGGCGUCCCAGAGCCCACGGGGCUGGACGCAGCUUGCACCAAAUUGGAAUCUUUGCAGAGACUUUUUGAACCGACCACCCCGGCUCCCCCUCUGCGGCCCCCUGACUCCCCUUCCCGUACCCCGGCCGAGUUCCCCUCCGCCAAAAAAAACUUGCUUAAAGGCCACUUUCGGAACUUCACUCUUUCCUUUUGCGACACCUACACGGUCUGGGACUUGCUGCUUGGCAUGGACCGCCCAGACAGCCUGGACUGCAGUCUGGACACCCUGCUGGGAGACCUGCUGGCUGUAGUGGCCAGCCCAGGCUCCGGGACCUGGGAGGCUUGUAGCAACUGCAUAGAGGCGUACCAGCGACUGGACCGACAUGCUCAGGAAAAAUAUGACGAGUUCGACCUCGUACUGCAUAAAUACUUACAGGCAGAAGAGUACUCUAUCCGGUCCUGCACGAAAGGCUGCAAGGCUGUCUACAAGGCCUGGCUGUGCUCGGAAUACUUCAGUGUGACCCAGCACGAAUGCCAGCACUGGGUGCCCUGCAAGCAGUACUGCCUGGAGGUGCAGACCCGGUGCCCCUUUAUCCUCCCUGACAACGAAGAAAUGGUGUAUGGAGGCCUCCCUGGCUUUAUCUGUUCAGGGUUGUUGGAUACUUCACCAAAGCGGCCGGAAACCAAGUGCUGUGAUGUGCAGUGGGUCUCCUGUGAGUCGGAGAAGAAGAAGUUGAAGGGAUCUGAGCCCCCCCAAACCCACCACCAGCAAUUCCACCAUUCCUAUUUCCACCACUACCACCAACAGUACCACCACCACCCCCGCCAUGAGCCCCCGAGCCGUGUCAGCAACAAGCCCUCCCUGCUGCCGGUCUCUGGGGGCUCCUGCCUCAGUCCCAGCAGGAUCCGGCUCUGUGUCCUUGUUCUUAUGCUCCUCCAUACCGUAGUGUCCUUCUCCAGCAGCCAGGGUGGUGGGGGACUGGGGCUAGAGACACUGCCUGCCCUAGAGGAGGGCUUGACACAGGAAGAGUGACAACAGGGAGGGAGGACAAACCUCCACCACAUACUGACAUCAGCUCCGGCCCUGCUCCAGGCGGGGGGAGCACCUCCCAUGGGAAGUAUAUGACCAGAUGGGGGGUGGGGGACAAAUGGGGGAUCGGAUAUUGCCCCCAGUCUAACCCUUCCCUAAAAGCAGCUCCAACAGAAUGGCCAAAGGGCCCACAAGGAGCCACAAAACUCACCCAGGAGAAAAAGAUAGGAGCAACAGGUGUCCCCUCCCAAAGCCCCAUCUAUGGGGUUAGUAAAAAGGGGGGAGUGGGGGCUGGAAUUGCCCACUCCUGCCAAGAGCCCUGGCCCCAGGGAAGGAGGCUGCUUACCCAGCCUCAGCCCUAUAGGGAAUGUUGGGGGGCACAGAGGGGAGUAGAUCUCCCCCCUCCACAUUCCUUUUGUUGCCAAGAUCCUUAAUUCCCUCCUGCCCAUAUCCCUACAGGUGACGGCAGACAGUGUGGUUGCCCUCCUGCCACUUCAGCACACCCUGAGUGUGGGGCCGUCACAGGUGAAGCUGGGGGAUGAGGCCCCCAGGGCUGCAGCUAGGAAGGUGCCCGAGUUAAGCUGCCUCCACCACCCUAGGCAAUGAGAGAUUGGAACUGAACAUGGAAUGGGUAGUAAAAGA